GCAGCUCAGUGAUGGGAAGGCAGGGGUGCUCUGCUGUCCUCUGCUGUCGGCUGGUGCUCAGAGAAGCGCUCGUGCUGCAGUUCCUACAAGACCCAAUCAAACGGAACGCUAACCACGGCACAAAUAUGAAGAUGGGGGAGCGCAGCGCUAGCGAGUUGCUGAUUAUUGGGUCAAUAUUUAUCAGUCUAUAUUAAAAAAAAAAUAUAUAUAUAUAAUUGAAACGCAAGAGCGCUAUGAUGAAGAUGAUUAUGCUAUGCCAGGAAUCGAGCGCGAGACCGUUGAUCGCUCUCAUCAGAUGCUGAUGAUGGUCGCGCGACCUGCGUGAUUUCCUCCCGCUGGAGCUUCCUGGUUCCUUUGCAUCACCUUAUCUGAGUCCCAGCCAACCUGACAGAAUGAUUGAGGAAGGAAGUAAAAGCAGCAAAUCCAUGGUGGAGAAGAGACAGCUCUUCAUGGAGAUGAGGGCACAAAACUUUGAUGUUAUUCGUCUCUCAACGUAUAGGACGGCAUGUAAGCUACGAUUUGUUCAGAAACGAUGCAACCUUCAUCUAGUGGACGUGUGGAACAUGAUCGAAUCUUUCCGUGACAAUGGGCUAAGCACAUUAGACCACAACGCAGAGAUUAAUGUGUCACGCCUGGAGACCAUUUUGUCCUCCAUCUUCUACCAGCUCAACAAGCGGCUGCCCACCACCCACCAGAUAAACGUGGAGCAGUCCAUCGGCCUGCUGCUAAACUUCAUCGUGGCCACUUAUGACAGUGAAGGCCAUGGGAAACUCACAGUGUUUGCUAUGAAGGCAAUGCUAGCUACGAUGUGUGGUGGUAAAAUACUGGACAAAUUACGUUAUAUAUUUUCCCAGAUAUCAGAUUCGAAUGGGGUGAUGGUCUUUGCCAAAUUUGACCAGUUCCUGAGGGAUGUGUUGAAGCUCCCCACGGCGGUGUUCGAGGGGCCGUCGUUUGGCUACACCGAGCACUCUGUGAGAACAUGCUUCACUCAGCAGAAGAAGAUCUUGCUGAAUACGUUUUUGGAUGUGUUGAUGGCAGAUCCACCCCCGCAGUAUCUCGUAUGGCUACCUCUCAUGCACCGACUCGCUAAUGUAGAGAAUGUCUUCCAUCCAGUGGAGUGCUCGUAUUGCCGGAGCGAGAGCAUGAUGGGUUUCCGCUACCGCUGCCAGCAGUGCCACGGCUACCAGCUUUGUCAGAGCUGCUUCUGGCGGGGUCAUGCCAGCGGCCCCCACAGCAACCAGCACCAGAUGAAGGAGCACUCCUCAUGGAAGUCUCCAGCGAAGAAGCUCAGUCAUGCCAUCAGUAAGUCUCUGGGCUGCAUGCCGAUGGGCGAGCCGCCUCACCCUGUGUUUCCAGAGGCGGCAGAAAGACCUCAGGACCUCGCACACACCACUCAGCUGAGGCCAGUGGCCAACGACAUGAACGAUACGGUUCUCAUUUCCUCCGGGACGCCCACGCCUUCAAAGAGUAACACCCUUGAGAGUCCCAGCAGACUGGAUGAAGAACAUCGUCUGAUCGCGCGAUACGCUGCUCGUCUGGCAGCGGAGGCCAGCAACUCCACUCAAUGCCCUCCAUCUGAUCUGAGUUUCAACUUUGAUGCUAACAAGCAACAGAGGCAGCUCAUCGCAGAACUAGAGAAUAAAAACAGGGAGAUACUGCAGGAAAUCCAGCGUCUGCGUCUGGAACAUGAACAGGCUUCUCAGCCCACCCCUGAGAAAGCCCAGCAGAACCCCACUCUACUGGCAGAGCUACGGCUGCUACGGCACAGAAAAGAUGAAUUGGAGAGGCGCAUGUCGGCCCUUCAGGAGAGCAGGAGAGAACUGAUGGUCCAGCUGGAGAGUCUCAUGAGGCUGCUGAAGGAUGAAGAGCAGAAACAGGCAACCCAGACGGGGAGUUCGCCCCACUCAUCUCCCAGCCACAGUGUCAGCUGCACCAUGCCUAUGCCCAUCCGCUCCACCUCAGCCGGCUCGACCCCCACACACACGCCCCAGGACUGCCUGGCAGGGGUCGGAGAUGACGUGCUGGAUGCCUUCUCUCAGGGUGUACCAAGAAAUCUCCGUAAUGAUCUUUUAGUGGCUGCAGACUCAAUCACAAACACUAUGUCGUCACUAGUGAAAGAACUUCACUCAGUGGACGACGGUUUAGAGGAAGAAGAGGAGAACAUGCGAAAUGGAAGGGAGAAGGUGUCAUCACUGAAGCAUUCUGGGAAAAGGCACUCCACCCCUUCAUUCUAAGCUCCAGGAAAGGACCAGCGAUAUCAAAACCUCCCUGGCAUUCGCACAAAUGCAUGCUCUUCCCCAGCUGGCUUUCACUAUGUGAAACCAAUUCUUCAUGAAUCCUUGCACAGAGCAAAUUGUAUUUAUUAGGAAGUAUAUAAAUAUAUAUAAAUAUUUAAAUAUAGGUCUAUAUAUAUAUAUAUAUAUAUAUAUAUAUAUAUAUAUAUAUAUAUAUAUAUAUAUAUAUAUAUAUAUAUAUAUAUAUAUAUAUAUAUAUAUAAAUAAUCUAUCUGUAUAAACCCAUUGUUAUCACAUUACCCAUGAGAAUGGCUUGUUUGUGCUUUCUUAAAAAACCUUUAUGACUUUGUGAUCACUACUUUCUAAAAUGAACGCACUGUGCAUCUUCAUGACGUCACUCAAAUGUAUCUAUGCUGUAGCUAUUUUUCCAGAUGUUCCCCACACUGGAUGCUUUUUUGUAUAACUAGUGAUGGUUUUUUGUGUUUUAAUGCAUGGAGUGGCUCUACUUGACGAGUGGAGAGGGUCCGUAUUUGCUCUGCAUGUGACAUUUAUUCCGAGUGAUGCCUGCUCCGUCGCUCCUUGUAGACUUCUGAUCAUCAAACUGCUGCUUCUGCAUCACACACAUCAGAACCACCAUAUAUCAGGGAUGUCUCGUACAGCUCGCUGUUUGUCUGGGAUUUCCUCUACUGUGUUAAGUUUAGCCCGUUGUUGUCGCCGUUGUUUUAGCACUUCGGUAUUGCCUCUUAGUUUAGAGUAUCGCAUAUAUAUCUCUGUAUUUUUGGAGAGCAUAAAAUGACUUUAUUGGAAUACGGAUAUAUGUUCCGUAUAUCCAUAAACCAGCUUAGCCUUCCAUCUUUUGAGUGCACACGUCUCUGUAAAAGUUAUUUCAAAAGCUUUAUUGAGUUUGUUAAUGUGUAAACUUGUGUGAAAUAAAUGAAACCAGUGCUCAGGGAUUGUUGAGAGGGGAACACAGUAGCAAUGCUCGUGAACAAAUGGGUGGAAUUUACUUAGACACCACAAAGGUCAAAUGUCAAAGAUUAGCACAGGUCAUAAAAACUUUAUGGAACGGCUGAGUGUGGAAAACAGGAUCGUUGUAUGGAGGCCUAUCUCUGCCACAUAAAACAAAAUGCUUAGGUAAACCAUAAUUAUGUCAGAAAAUGUGAUAAUGUCAUAACUAUGAGAUAAAAGUCGAAACUGUCAUAGUCAAAAUUAUGAGAUAACAGUCAUAGUUAUGACAAGUCAUAUGAAGUCAUAAUCAUAUGAAGUCAUAAUUAUUACAAGUCAACACUGAGAUACAAAUUCUUGCCAUUCAAUUAUGCCAUAGAAGCAUAUUCUUACCAAAUUCUUACCAGAAUUUUUUUAUUAUUAUGAUAUUUAGGUCAUAAUUUUGAUUAAGAUUUACAAAAACAAAGGCUUCCAGAGUAUUAAGAAGAGGACAUGCUUAGAAUCUAAAGCUUUAUUGUCAUGAGGAAGACAGUUUGACUCACUGUACUUGAAUUGGAAGGAAUUCAGGUUCAAUAAUUACAUUUAUCUAAUUAUUAUAAGUAUGUAAUUGUGUUAUACUUGUGAUUUGUUGUUUGUUAGUUUGGUUUCAAGUAAGAAAUAAUAAUAACCAUUAUUUAAAAAAAAAGUUUUGUUUGUGACUGCUAACAUUUGAAUGCUAAAUAGUUCCAUUGAGCAACAGUUUGAAGUGAGUUUUAGUGUAGAAUAUUCAAAUCCGUUUACAUUUAUGAGAUUCAAUAGAUGAAACGAUUCAUUCACUAUUACUUUUCUAAAAUGCUUGUAAUUCUGCAUAAGGAAGUCUUCUGAAUGGCUACAAUAUGAAGUUUUAAACUGGAAAAAGUGUUGCUUCUGUUAUAAUGAGUGCAAUCAGAUAUAUUUGCCUUUUCAAAUCAGAUUUUACAUGAUCAUAAUGCUUGUUUUGUGUUUCAAGGAAAGGAAUAUACACUGCAGUUGGGAAUUUAUUGUCAUUGGUUUAAUUUGCAAAGUACAACAUAAACGAAAGCGUAUGAAAUACUCUCAGAUGGGCAAGUUUGAAGGUUUGAUUAUGUUCCAACGUUUGCUACAAAUAUGAAUGCAAUCUUCUGAUGUAGGUGUGUGCCUAGAUGUACUGUAUAAAGUGCUGUAUAAAAUUUAAUAUUCUGCACAUGUGCAAGUCAGCCCAGAUAGGAGUUUUAGUAUGUGACUUAGUCGGAAUGCAGUCAUUAUUUACCUGUGAUCUUUGAAAAAAAAAAUAUUGUUCUGCCUUUAAAAGUUGUGCCAAACUGUUUGCCAACCUUUAGGUAUUUGUUCUGUGUAUUUGUGUGUGUUCAAACCACAAUUUAUUGAUUAUGAAUUUACUGAAGCAGUCCACAGAGAGAGUAACUAAUAACAGGGGGCCUUAAAUAGCUGAAACACAAUACAGUUUAAGUGGAAGGAACCCUGCUCUUAAUCAAUUUCAAGCAUCAUUGCGAAUUUAUAUGUUACAGGUGGGCCUCCAACGGAGUUAGACGAAACAAUAUUUCAAGAAUGAAAUCCACAAUCAGGUUUUCAUUUGUUUGGCAACUCAUGAUUUUAUUUUGUUUCAAAACCCAAACUGUCAGCUGAAGCUACAAACACUGUUUAAUUAUUUCAUUUGAUUGAUUUGCUGCUGUAUACAAUCAUUGAUUGCAAAGGUUUACGUUCAUAUUUGUGUUUAUGUCACCCCUAUGUCUUUUCGUAUACUAUUAAAGGGUAAAAUAUAUGAAAAAAAA